AUGGCCUCCCCGCCCAAGCCGUGGGRAACACAGCGAGCAGGAGGCAACACGAGCGCUGCGGUACCGACUUCAAUGACCACAACAGUAGCGAAUCCGACGUCGAACUCUUCUGCUGCCACUCCUGCUCUGCCUGCACGACCGGACGCGCUUAACUCUAUUGCAUCGCGAACAGCUGCAAACUACUCUUCUUCUUAUAAUCGGACCUCUCCUUACGGCACUGGGAUUGGAGGUGGGAUUGGAGGAAUGUCGUCAUACGGCUCGCCAUACAGCCGCUUCGGCGGCAUGGGUGGAAUGGGCGGUGGGAUGUAUGGAGGUGGGAUGUAUGGAGGUGGCUAUGGAGGUAUGGGAGGCAUGGGAGGCAUGGGAGGAUAUGGCGGUGGGAUGUACGGCGGGCCUGGAAUGAUGGGCCCCAACGGCCAGGAUCCCAGCCUGACGCAGACGUUCAGCAACAGCACACAAGCUACCUUUCAGAUGAUUGAGAGCAUAGUUGGAGCUUUCGGUGGCUUCGCACAAAUGCUGGAGAGCACGUACAUGGCCACUCACUCCUCCUUUUUCGCCAUGGUCAGCGUGGCAGAGCAGUUUGGCAACCUGCGACAAACACUCGGAUCCGUUCUGGGAAUCUUCACAAUCAUGCGCUGGAUUCGAACAGCGCUGGCGAAACUUACAGGACGACCACCUCCAGCGUCUUCAAAAGAGCUGACGCCUGCGAACUUUGCCUCUUUCUCUGGCCAACCAGGACCGGACGGGUCUCCAGCGCAGCCAAGACCGAGCAGGAAGCCAUUUGUGUUCUUUGUGCUUGCAGUCUUCGGGUUGCCAUACCUGAUGGGCAAGUUGAUUCGUGCUUUGGCGUCCUCACAAGAAGCUGAACAGCAGCGUCAACUUGCCGGCGCGCCAUAUGGWGCAGAUGGCCAACAGCAACCUCUGGAUCCCAGCAAGCUGGACUUCUGCCGUGCACUCUACGACUACACUCCUCAAACCCAACCAGGCCAGCCAUUCCAAGAGGGCGUGGACCUCGCUGUAAAGAAGGGCGACCUCGUCGCCGUUCUGUCCAAGUCAGACCCAAUGGGUCAGCCAUCAGAAUGGUGGCGAUGCCGUGCACGAGACGGUGGCGUGGGAUACCUCCCAAGCCCAUACCUGGAGACCAUCCAGCGAAGGCCUGCGCAAGCGCAGAUUGCUGCCAAGAGCGCAACAAACAGCGAAGCGAGUUCGCGAGUCAACACCAUGACGGCAAGUGUUGAGAACGCAGCCAGCCGAGCGAACUCUAUGAAGAUCACCGACAAGGAGAAGGCUGAGAUCAAGAAGGCGCCGAAGGAGCCACCAGUCAUUCACUCCAAGCAGGGUGAUGUGCCUGUCGAGAGCUUCCAGCGUGGAGCUUUUUACUCUUGA